UACCCGACAUGGAAUGGUAACCGGACGAGAGGCCGCGGUUCGCGAUAUGGUUAAGCCAUCGUAUCAGCUUUCCUUUCUCCCGGGAUGAAUAUGUAAAUCUUAUCCUAUGCUCCUAGAAUGAGGUUUUGCUGUUUAAGAGAUGCUCAAUUUACUAUUUACAGAGAAAUAACUAUAUUGGUGUUUAAUCUAAAAUGUUGGUGAAAAUUUAAAAUCCUCAAAUCUUGUUUAAAAAUAUUUCUUCUACUUACAGAUAUAGUUAUAAGAAAUAACUAGUUUUGUUACUAACAUUAUAAUGGCUUCAAAUACUUCGGACGAGUACAGCUUAUGGGAAACAGAUGGAAAAAUUGAUCAACCACUAGAGGGGGUAUCUGUGGGGAGUAGCUCAAACGAUGGUAAAACUCACACUUUCACGAAAUUUCCAUCAUCUGCGGUCGAUGAAGAAGAUGAUGAGGAGACUGGUGGCGAUUCCGCAAAGUUGGUGAAUAAGAAAUCGUCGCCGAUAUGGAGUUUCGAUUUCUACAAGGAAUUAUUUGAUGUCGAUACGUACGUUGUUCUGGGAAGAAUCAAAGGUUCAGUUCUGCCUAUUCCGAGCGCUGAUUACCAUAGGAAUUAUAUCGGUGGAAAUCCCGAUGUCUAUGGGCCUUUCUGGAUCUGCGCAACGCUUGUUAUGACGAUAGCUAUAUGUGGGAAUUUGACAACCUAUUUCAACAACUUCUCUGACGUGAAUUACAACUAUAAUCCGGAAUUUCAUCGUCUCGUAAUUGCGAUGGUGAUCGUUUACGGAUACACUUUUCUGAUCCCAUUAGUCAUUCGUGGAAUAUUAUUUUUCACAAAAAUGCAAGCCAGUUAUGGGUACCUCGACAUUCUAUGCUUAUACGGUUACUCGAUGUUCAUGUUCAUCCCUCUCUCGUUUCUACUUCUGAUUCCGAAUUGCACGGUUGAGUGGAUUCUUGUUGUCAUAACAGCGGUUAUUUCUGGCAUGGUGAUUCUCGUUAGCCUCUGGCCGAAAAUGCGCGAGGAAGGAACUAAACGAACAAUGAUUAUACUGGCAGUUGUUUUCGUCCUACAUUUUGCUUUUUCACUCAGUUUUAGAUUAUAUUUUUUCAGCUCAAUUAAGUGUUCCCCCUGGAUGGAUAGUAGUAAUUCUACUGUAGUGAACAACACCACCCAACCUGCUAUAAUUGCAACCACUCAUAUUGGCACCAUCGCCGCUUAAAUUUUUCGUUUCGUAUAUGCAAAAUACCAUGUAUGAGAAACAUUACCAGAGGUUUUUACUCUGGCAUUCAGGAAAAUUUUCAACACAGAGUUGAGGUCAAUUGUAAAUUUUGGUCUAGUAGUAUAUUGCAUGUCUUCACAACCCUGUGCCAUAUUCAUUCAGUACUUCAAAUUUUCCAAAUUAAAACUACUUGGUAGCCUACAAUUUUCCACAAUUUUAUUUUUUCAUUGUUCGC